AGAAAAUGAUAUUUCAACCUAAAAAGAAUUUGUAAAAUUAGGAUCCUAAAAUGGAAUAUGCAAAAGCGAAAUGGGAAGGAAGUUUCAAAAUCAGCGCCUAACGGCGAGUGGGAAAAUCUUUGACAGAGAAGCUCAAAUCUCCACCUUUCUCUCUUUUUUCUUUUUCUUUUUUCGUAAUUUCGUUAAUUUCUUUCUGGAUUUUGACUGUGAUUCAUCGCCACACGCCACAUACCACCGCCUUCCCUUCCUUUUCUCUUUGAUUUCUUCAAUCAUGGGGAACCAAUUCCCAAAGCUUGAAGUUUUGACAAACCCCACUUUCAAACAUUGAUUCAUCUUUCCAUCGUUUUCUUUUGUUUUUCGACCCAACCAAAUGCAUGCUCUGAAGGAGAAAGUCUCUGAGAGGUUCUCCAGCCUCUUCUCUCAUUCCACCAGUUCCGAAUCCUCCAAAUCAUCGGCCCCUGAUCCUCAUACUCAGGCCAGGCCAAAAUCGAAAGGAAGAAAAUCUCUGUCUUCAUAUUUAUCCUUAUUAAUCCCUUCCAUACAUGGGUCUAAACCUUCUGCUUCUCGUCAAGACACCAAUGCGGUUCAAUCUCCCUCUGUUCGAUAUUGUGAUGCAAACAAUGAUUUCCAGAAAGAAGGUUCAGAUACUUGUUUAGGAUGUAGUAUACCAUGCAAGGCGGAAGAAAUACCUAGUAAUCAGAGUGAAAAUAAGGAUUGUAGUUCAGCAUAUGAGGAGGGAAAACUGAAUAAACUAGGAGUUGAUUAUGACUCGGCAUCUAGAAAGAGCACUUGUAGUUCAGAUGGGUUUGAAGAAGCCAUGGAGCGACCCACUCCAAGAAACCGUUUAUCAGAUCUCAUGGAUGAGUCAGCUUUUAUCACUUCAGACUUGCAUGAAUUCCUUGGAUGUUGCCUUCCCAACAUUGUGAAGGGGUGCAAAUGGGUCUUACUGUACAGUACGAUGAAGCAUGGUAUAUCUCUUCAAACUCUUAUUCGCAACAGCCACAAUCUUCCUGGCCCUUGUUUACUGAUUGUUGGAGAUACUCGAGGUGCUAUAUUUGGUGGUCUUCUAGAAUGCCCGUUGAAGCCUACGGCCAAAAGAAAAUAUCAAGGAACUUACCAGACAUUUGUUUUUACAACGAAAUAUGGUGACCCAAGGCUUUUUCGAGCAACUGGAGCCAACCACUAUUAUUAUAUUUGUUUGAACGAUUUACUGGCACUUGGAGGCGGUGGUAGCUUUGCCUUAUGUUUGGAUGGUGACUUAUUAAGUGGAACCAGCGGACCAUGUGACACAUUUGGUAGCUUAUGCUUGGCGCAUGACCCAGAGUUUGAGCUAAAAAAUGUCGAGUUGUGGGGUUUCACACAUGCAUCAAGAUACUUCACCUGAAGACGUGCAAUAGUUCUUUUCAGAGUUUGUGAUCAUAUUAAGUAUUUGUGAUUAUAUUAUUUAUUCUUUGUUUUGUUCUUUUAACAAUUUUAUUGAUUAUUCAAUUAAAACUAUCAUAAAAAGAAGCCUUUACCUUUUUUUGGUGUAAUAUAAUUCAUCUAUUUAUCAGAUUAACAAUUCUUUUGUAUUGCACUGUUGACCACACUGAAUCAACAGUCAGUUGUCAGUUCCAAGCGUAGACCAAAACGUCAAGAAUUAGUGAA